ACCAAUGUUACGUUAUCACCGGGUCCCGCUUUAUUGGCGUAAUGUUGUCCCCAAUGCGUGCGUAGAAUUCAACAAGUGACCGCAAUACUGUGACGAAACGUAACACAAUGUGAUUCUUACUAUGGACUAUUGUAUAAAAGGUAAUGUCACCAAACUGCAAGCAUCACACACUCAUCUUCUGUUCAACAGAUAAACAACAAACAUACAAAAUGUACAAAACUAUUUUCUUCCUGGCCACCAUCGCUUUGGCUGCUGCCAAGCCUAGCGUUGCUCCAGUUGCUCUCGCUGCACCCGCUCCAGUUGUGGCUGCACCAGCCCCAUUAGUCGCUGCCCCUGCUCCCUUCGUCACAGCAUCAAGCUCCCAGUACAUCGCAAGGAACUAUAAUGGUCUCGUGGCAGCUGCCGCGCCUUUGGUAGCCGCACCCGCAGUCGCAGCGCCAUUAGUUGCACCAGCGGCAAAAUACGUAGCACCAGUUGCAGCACCAGUUGUCGCCGCUGCUCCCGCCCCAUACAUUGCUGCUGCACCAGCCCCGUACCUCGCACCUGCAGCUAGAUUGGCAGCGCCUGUACUUCCCGCGUUCGCUCGCUACGCAGCGCCCUUCGUUGCCCCUGCACCAUACUUCGCUCCCUCUGCCCCUCUUGUUGCCCUUAAAUAAAUAAAGACUGAAACUUAGUACGAUUUUAUACAAACAAAAUAAACCUAUUAAAUAA